GAGAGAGAGGGAGAGAGAGAGAGAAGGAGAGGGGAGAGUGAGGACUGGUGACACUUAAGAACUUAAAACACACCUUUAAAUGCUUACUUGAAAAGGUGGAGAUUGAGAGAGAGAGGUGCAAAGGAAAACCAACGGAAUAAAAGACGCCACAGAAACCAGCAGAGAGAGAGGAAAAACGGAGAGAGCGAGCUAGAGAGAUCACUGUUACUUCUAUAGAAGGCAAUAUGACUGAGGAGUGGAAUAACUGUCCCCCGGGCACCCCGGAGCUGCGGCUGGUCCUCCUGGGCUCCAUUGGCUGUGGGAAGACCCUGUCCGGAGACACCCUCCUGGGGCAGCGCUCCCAGGCCUCCGGCUCACAAUGCCCCAAGACCUGCCAGCUGAGGCAGGGCAUGUCAGAGGGGCGGAGGCUGUCCCUGGUGGAGGCCCCGCGCUGGUACUGGAGCGGGGGGCAGGUGGAGGCCGGCGUGAAGCAGGAGACGAUGCGCGCGCUCUCUCUGUCCGAGCCCGGGCCCCACGCCUUCCUCAUCCUCAUCCCCGUGGGCGAGUUCACGGACGUGGAGCGCCGCGUGCCCAGCGAGCUGGAGAAGGUGUUCGGGAACGGGGCCCUGAGGCACGCCCUGGUGCUCCUCACCUGCGGGGACUACCUCAUUGGGAAGGAGGUGGAGGAGUACCUGGCAGGGGAGGACCCUGGGCUGAGGGAGGUGGUGAACCAGUGCGGGGGCAGGUACCACACCUUCAACAACCGCAGACCUCAGGACAGAUUGCAGGUCAGGACACUGCUGGACAAGCUGGAGCGUAUGGUGCAGGAGAACGGGGGCUGUUAUCUCCCCAGUACCACGAGGAGACGAGUGGAGGACAGAGCGAUCAGUCGAGAGGAGCAGGAGGAUAGGACAUUACUCACAGAGAGGGAGUCGCAGCUAGAGGAGCGAGUUAACUUGAGAAACGUAGGCAACCGGCUACAGGCGCAAUUACCCGAGGAGCUGCCAACAGCACAGCCCGACUCACAGCCAGAGGCCCCAGAAGAGACCCCCCGCUCACCACUGCAGAGGAGCCCCAGCUACCGUCUGACUGCAGAUGGCGCUCUUCUCUCUCAAAUGACAGAGGCAAAAAACGGCAAGAAUUUUGUCAACACCUGCCACCACCACAUUUCAUCCUUCAGCGAGAGCCCGGCCUCUCCCACAUCCUCCUCUUCUUCACCUUCACCCUCUUCCCCUCAGGCCUCAGAGCUGAGGCUGGUACUGCUGGGCCGCACAGGGGCAGGGAAGAGCGCGGCCGGUAACACCAUCCUGGGCCGGGAGGAAUUUCUAUCCCAGGACAACAGCGUGGCCUCUGUCACUCAGAAUUGUGAGAAGAAGAAGGGAACCGUUGCUGGGAGACGGGUGGCUGUGGUGGACACGCCGGACUGGUUCCGCUCGGAGCUCCCCCCCGACGAAGUUCGACGGCAGGUCUCCAACUGCGUGGCCCUCUCCGCCCCGGGGCCCCACUCCUUCCUGCUGUGCGUCCCCGUGGACCAGCCCGCCAAGCUGGAGCUGGAGGCGCUGGCCGCCCUGGAGGCGGUGUUCGGCCGUGACGCGGUGAGGAAGUACACCACGGUGCUCUUCACGCACAGCGACCGCCUGAAGGACGGCGGUGGGGUGGAGGAGUACAUCAUCACCCAGAGGAAGGACCUCCUGCAGCUGGUGGAGUGGUGCGGGGACCGCUACCACGUCCUGGAGAGGAGCGGCCGCGCGGGGGAGGGCGGCCGGAGCGUGCUCGACCUGCUGGAGAAGGUGGAGCAGACGGUGAGGGAGAACGGAGACUCCUGCUACAGCUGCGCCCUGUUCCAGGAGGCCGAGAGCAGGGUGAGGCAGAGGCAGGCGGAGAUCGUGAGGGAGAGGAGGGAGAGCGAGAGAGAGAGGGAAAGUGGAGGCGCGGAGAGUGUCCAGGUGCAGGCGCGGGAGCAGGAGAAGUGUUUGGUGCCCUCCACUUCGCUGUACUCGGUGCAGGAGAUGGUGGAGGAGGAGCGGGAGAGGUGUUUGACGCCCUCCUCCAAGCUUUCCUCCGUGCAGGAGAUGAUGGAGGCGGAGCGGGAGAGGUGUUUGAUGCCCUCCUCCAGGCUUUCCUCCGUGCAGGAGAUGGUGGAGGAGGAGCAGGAGCAGGAGCGGGCCAGGGAGGAGGCGGAGAAUAGCGUGCAUGACCUGAAAGUGGACGCUCUGCCCUCUCUUUCUCCCUCCUCCAGCUCCUCUUCUUUCGUUCGCUCCGUUUGGGAUAAGGUAGUGGCCGGGGCGGGUCGCGUCCCAAAACUGGUAGCAGGAGGAGCUCUGCUGGGUGGGGCGGUCGGGGUGUUUUUUGGGGGACCCCUGGGGGGUGUAGUCGGGGCGACUGCUGGCUCAGUGGCCUCAGAAGUGGGGCGACGGAAGUACAGUCAGAAAAAUAAAACUGAGUAAGAGAAAGCUACAGACAUUUAGGGACACUUUAAUUAAUUGAUGUAUUAAUGUAAUGACCUAAUAUUAUAAUACUAUUCAUAGAAUUAAAUACGUGAUAAACAACAUGUAAGUUAGCCAUUAUUGUAAACUGUGUAGAUGCCCACACAUAAAUGUUGAAUUUGCACUGUACCUUCCACAAUAGCAACACAUAUGAUGAUAUUUCAAUACUUCUUAUACCAGAUUGCAUUAUUGGAAGUUAAAUUGGAGAGAAUGAAUUGGAAGGCCAUAUGGUGAAUCAAAUGUAUUUCUGUAAGCUCUAUGUGAUACUUCCUGUGUGGGUCCUUUUCAAAUCAUCACUAUCCUUCAAAAGAAUGUGUGAAUGAUUAAUGUUUAUGAGAUUCAUGAGUGCUUUUGCAUUCAAAUGUAAUUUGUUAAGUUUGAUGUAAAUAUACACUCAGUGAGCACUUUAUUAGGUAGACCUGUACACCAGCUUGUUAAUGCAAUAAUGCAAUAUUCAGAGAGAGGUCAUUGGAGAAGUGGUCAAAACUGACAGUAAUGCUGAGUGGAUAGGCUACAGCAGCAGAAGACAAGCAAAUAAGUCUAAUAUAUACCUAAUAAAGUGCUUACUGAGUGUAUAUCCAUGAAGAAAUAGAGCAGAAGCCACUGAGCAGAAUAAAACCACUCACUAGCCCUAAUUCUGGAGAAUUAAUUUACAAAUUCAUGCACAAGCAGAUGUAGUUACACAACACUAGCAUUUGUUACGUCCAACAGUAAGCCAUAUAAUGGCGAUAGCAUUGCCUUGCAUGGUUGAGACCAUUGUGGGUGUGCUGCUGUUCACUCUGCUAAGCCGUGGGUGUUUUUUCACAGUCAUACCACAUCAGGGCCUGUAUACAGCCCUGUGUCAGGCUCCAGGGCAGAGGGCCAGUGGCUCCCCGUGUCUGAGGGUGUGAAGCAGGGUGUGCAUAGCUAAACCGCGAUGGAGCACAGGGUUGGGGGGCCACAGGUGUGGAGAGAGCCUGCGGGGGGGGGAGUUGGGCGUGGCAGGGAACGGGUCUGACCUUUCGAGCGAGUUUAUCUGGGGGACCCAGCCUGCCCCCCGUCAGCCUGGGGCCUCCUGUAUCAGAGCCCCGCAGGAGGCUGGGGGAGCGGGGGGGGGUGCGGAGCGGGUGGGGAGGGGGUGUUUGGGUCCCACUCCGUCCCGGCCGCUCCAGGGUGCGUGGGUGUUGGUGGAGCGGGGGCGGGGGGCGGCCCCUCGGUGUGUAGCGCUGUGUGUAACAUGAUGACAGGCCCUGUGAGCCGCAGAGCCUCAGUUACGCAAGCUUCCUCUGGUCACACAGGGCCGCGGGGAAACUGAGGCAGAGCCGCAGGAAGCCGGCUGGCCCUGGAUGAGACAGCACUAACCGUAGCCAUUUCCCAGCCACCUGACAGAGCGGGCAGGCCACAGCCUCCGCUGCCCCUUGCCCCCCGCACACCCAAACCCCCCGCCCCUGCGGCUGACCCCUCAGCACAGCUGCGCUGGGAAACUGACACCGUCCCAAAUGUACGCGCAAAACCCGCACAAAUAUUUCCACGCCUGCAGUUCUCACAGUGCUCUGAGGUGCAGUAACUGCCAGUCUGUCACGGGAUGGAGUUUCCCCCUUCUUCUGCUGUAGUUUUUUUUAAUAGUCUUUUUAUAAACCUGUACUUGCACUGUUUUUAGUUUUUAUUUAUUCUUUAUGUUUGCUUCAUAUACAUACAUGUUGCUGAUUUUACAUGGAUGUAAGCAUAUGUGCAGACACACAGACACACACACACACACACACACACACUUAGCUGUCAGUGUGGUGUUGUGGUUAUAGAGUAGGGCUUAUUCCCCGUAAAGGUUGCACCAUCAGUUAUCAAGCUAAUGGGUGAAAUGUAAGAUGGUAAUCAUAGAUAGCAUGUGAAAUGAUCAUGCUGUAUGUUGCUCAUAAAACAUAUGCAUUGUUAAAGGAAAUGUAGACCCAAACCAAUGACAAAUGCUUCACAUGACAUUUUAUGCUUUCAAAUACUCACCAAUUGUAUUUAACCACUUACACACUGCAUACCUACUGCAUUGUCCUAAUAUAUACUGGUAAUCUCAAUUAAUUAAAAAUAAUCUUGCUCGAAUCCCAAUUAGUUCAGUAGAUAUAAUGAGACAUUUUAGUGAUUUUAUGUAUUUCUUGAAUAAAACCUUUGCAAAAUUC